AGUCAAGUUAGAUACACUACUUUGGUUCUAGUUUCCAGUUCUGUAGCAAAGUAGUCUUUCUACUUAAGUCAGAUACAAUGGCUUGGCAGAUUUGUCUCUUCUUCCUUCUAAUGAGUACUUGUCCUGAUGUCAUCACUGGUUCAACUUUUGAACAUAUCAAAGAUUCUAUAAUGAAGCUAGAGAAUGAUUUUAACACCAGUCAGUCUGACGUUGCUGAUGAUGGAUCUAUUUUCACACACAGAUUUAGAAAUGGACUAUGGACAGAGGCCAAUGAAAAAAAAAUCUUACUUGCCCAGAUGAUUUCAAUGUACAGCAACAUGUUGAAAUAUGCAACCAAAACUCAAACUUCAGACCACCUCAGAGACUUAAUAGAAGCCUUGGAAGAAUAUAAAACACAAUUCAGUGAAAGCUUGAAGAAAGCAAAUGAUCUUAUUGAGGUGGCAAACCUUCCGAUGAAUGAUUUGAAAAUCCAGCGCAAGGCAGUAGCUGAAAUGUAUCGUGUCUUGCUUGAAGUGAACGCUGAAGAAAUUAAAAGACUAAGGAGAAGUAGAAGACAAAAUCCAAGAAGUCAGAAGAGACUUCUACCAAACCUCAGAGGAUAG